AUGACCGUCACAACAUUGCUUGAGCAUGUCACAGAGCAGUCCAUUGAGAUUGGAUCUUUGAACCAGGUCGUAAAUCCAGAGUCGAACUCGAAUGACAUCCUGCCAGCACAAAUAAAGGAGCCUGCAACAGAUGAAAAGCUUUCUGAGGCUGAAAACAGAAAUCUAGACUUUUCUUCAGAGUCCUUACCUGCGCCACCAGUCUUUUCAGACAAAUAUGAAGAACGGGCCUAUCUCAAAUCACGCUUGACGUUAGGAUUCAGAGUUUUCGCCAAGCUUGGAUUUGAUUGUGGUAUAGCAGGUCACAUCACAUUAAGGGAUCCAGUUGACCCAACAUCGUUCUGGCUCAAUCCGUUUGGAAGACCAUGGCCAACGCUUGAGAGUAAGGACCUGAUUCGAGUAGACGCCAAUGGCAAUGUUGUUGAGCAUGGGGCAUACAAAACAUUGAAUAAGGCAGCAUAUAUGAUUCACCACGCUGUUCACGUUGCACGGCCUGAUAUCAACUGUGUUGCACACGCCCAUAGUACAUUUGGCAAGGCUUUCUGUGCAUUGGGUCGCAACUUGGACAUUCUCAGUCAAGAUGCCUGCGUUUUCUGGAACGACAUUGCUCAUUAUUCCUCCUUCCGUGGAGCAGUGCUUGGUCCAGAUGAGGGGCAAGAGAUCGCCAAGGCAUUAGGACACCGCAAGGCAGCAUUGUUGCAGAACCACGGGCUCUUGACAUGCGGCAAGACAAUAGAAGCGUGUGUAUGGUGGUUUAUGUCGCUUGAGAACUGCUGCCAAGUUCAGCUGCUUGCCGAUGCGGCUGCGGCAGGUACUGGGACACAAACGGUCAAGGUCAAUGAGAGUGAUGCCGAAUAUACCUGGAGAGUGGCUGGCGCCGAUCACGUUGGCUACAUGAGUGCUUUGCCAAUGUUCGAACUUGUUGAGGCUGCUAGUCGAAGCUAUUGUUUCUAA